CCUGAACGGUUAUAAGGAAGAGCUGCCUGUCCCCCAUUUUCUGCUUUAGCACCAUCUAUGAUUGAGUUGCGUAUAAUCCUGAGGAUUAUGGCUCUGGCCCACGCCCUCCCCCUCCCCCGCUCUGUUCACUUUCCCUUAAUAUUCUGGAGAUAUUCAACAAUAAAAACCCUGAAAAUCCCCAAAGCAUCUAAACCUCCCAGGAAGAGAAUCACUUGUUACUAUUAAAAAAACACGCUGCCAUCGGUGCCAGCCGCCUCCAGCCCCAUACUAUGCUCUGCACGAUGGGGGGGCCUUAGCAGCCAUGGGCAACUGUACCAAAAUCCCAGGCAGGAGGCUUUCCAAGGAGAAUAAGCACCCUCCAGAAGCUCCAGGCUCUCCAGCCUCCACCAGCGACCUGGACGAUAUGAUUGAUGGCACACACUGUCCGCCAUUGCAGAGUUAUUCAGUGCUGCACGGGCUGGUGGGGCCAGCCUGCAUCUUCUUGCGCCAGAGCAUCGCCAUCACACAGAUCGACAGAGACCUGCGACCAGAAGAGAUUGAAGAACUAAGGGAAGCUUUCCGGGAGUUUGACAAAGACCGAGAUGGUUACAUCAGCUACAAGGACCUAGGAGAAUGUAUGAGAACUAUGGGCUACAUGCCUACUGAGAUGGAACUCAUUGAGCUGUCUCAGCAGAUUGCUGGAGGAAAAGUGGAUUUUGAAGACUUUGUGGAUCUGAUGGGCCCCAAGAUGCUGGCAGAAACUGCAGACAUGAUUGGGGUGAAAGAACUGCGAGAUGCCUUCCGGGAGUUUGACACAAAUGGUGAUGGACAAAUCAGUGUGGCUGAGCUACGGGAAGCCAUGCGCAAACUCUUGGGGCAGCAACUAAAUUACCAUGAGGUAGAUGAAAUCCUCAAGGAUGUUGAUCUGAAUGGAGAUGGUCUUGUGGACUUUGAAGAAUUUGUACGGAUGAUGUCUCGUUGAGAGUACCUAGUAGCAGUCCAAUACAGAAGUGCCUUAUGAAGAGGAGGGACUUCCAAGCUAUCACGUACUGCCACUUGCAAUGGAUCUGACCAUUGAGAGCAAGGACAGUGUGCAAGCACUUCCCACACAUCUUGCACAGCCUGCCUGGAGCCAAACAGCUGCUCCUGAAGACAAGGGACCCACAUCAGUUUCAUAACCAUCAAUGAUGUCCUGGACCAAAUCCCAGGUUAAUACCUGAUCUACUACAGUAGAUACAGCUGGGAAUAUUUAUUCCAAGAUCUCUGUGACUCUGCCUAUUAUCAGGCCAUGCCUUUGUUUGCUCGAAUGCUUGACCCCUCACUUCAACCAGGACUUAAUGAGGAAGCAGAAUUAAUCAAGAAAUCUCAUCAACUGUUCUGAAUGCACUUCUGUGAAACAUCCCAAU